GUUCCAUCUUUCUACUUAAUUUUUUACUGCAUUAUAAAGGUUGUAAUGGGAAAAUUCUUAUUAAUGUUGGCAUUCUUAUCUUUUUUCUUGUUGACAACUACUAAGGCUUGGUCACAACAACAAGAGCCUCAAGUUCCUUGUUUAUUUAUCUUUGGGGACUCACUUGUUGACAAUGGGAAUAACAAUGGGAUACUUACUCUUGCUAGGGCCAAUUACAUGCCUUAUGGUCUUGACUUCCCACAAGGCGCCACUGGUCGUUUCACUAAUGGUCGUACUUUUGUUGACAUUUUAGCUCAACUUCUUGGCUUCCCCAAUUAUAUUCCUCCCUAUGCAAGAGUCCGUGGUCGAGCGCUGUUGAGAGGAGCAAAUUAUGCAUCAGGAGCAGCAGGAAUUAGAGAUGAAACGGGAAAUAACUUGGGUGAUCAUAUGCCAAUGAACCAACAAGUAGGAAACUUUGGAAGAAGUGUUGAGGAGCUGAGAAGAUUAUUCAGAGGAGAUAACUCCACACUAAAUGCAUAUUUGAGCAAGUGUAUUUUGUACUCAGGAUUGGGAAGCAAUGACUACCUCAACAAUUACUUCAUGACUGAUUAUUACUCAACUCAUUCACAGUACACUCCACAAGAAUAUGCUUCUGCACUUCUUCAAGAUUAUUGCCAGCAAUUAUCGGAAUUAUACAAGUUAGGAGGUCGGAAAGUAAUUGUGACAGCAAUAGGGCAAAUAGGAUGCAUACCGUAUCAGCUAGCAAGAUAUGAUGGCAAUGGAAGCAGAUGUAAUGAAGAGAUCAACGAUGCUAUUCAACUCUUUAAUUCAGGACUUAAAAGGCUCGUUAUUCAUUUCAAUAAGGUUUUGCCUGGAGCAAAGUUCGUGUUCUUGGAUUCAUUUGAAAGCAGUAAAGAUCUUGUUCUCAAUGCAAAAACUUAUGGAUUUGAAGUGGUCGAUAAGGGUUGUUGUGGAGUGGGAAGGAACAAUGGACAGAUAACAUGUCUUCCUCUUCAACAGCCAUGUGAAGAUCGUUCCAAAUAUAUAUUUUGGGAUGCUUUUCAUCCCACUGAAGUAGCAAAUAUUCUGUUGGCAAAGAAAUCAUACACCUCCAAGUCAAAGACAUUUAAUUAUCCAAUAAAUAUACAACAAUUGGCUAGGCUCUAAGGUGUACGUACAAUUGUACGUACGUCCUUGUAAUGCUUAUUAGCUUCAUUGCUUCUUGUUUAUUUCUUUGUUUUUCUCUAAGAAUUGUUUUCAUAUUGAAUUUCAAUGUAUGAAGGUCAUGUACUCAAACAUACCCUCUUAAAACGUGUUUCUUAUGAAUCAAGUGUUCCUAGGAUUUACGAGUUUUACUUUGAAAACUAUCUACCCUACCAUAAUAUAUAUUGCACUCAU